CAGCUUCAACUUGUGGCUCUGAUUUUUACAGCUUCUAGUAAUAGCCUUCAAAACUCUCAGAUAGCCCACUGCAUCGAUAUGGCCACCCGAACACCUCGGAAGGAUGACAUCAACUAUAAUUCACAUUUCCGAAUUAUAAACGAGCAACAAGUGGACGACAUCUGCCUUGAUUUCUUUUAUAAGCCACACACCAUCACACUCCUGACAGUCACUGUGCUGAGCCUCAUGUACUUUGCGUUUACAAGGGACGAUGAACACUCUGACAACAACCUCCGAGUUGGUAUUUUGAUGGUUGUCUCUUUCUUCUUGGUCAUCAGUGUCCUGGCCUUGCCUAAUGGACCUUUUAUCAGGCCACACCCUGCAAUAUGGUCAAUGGUGUUUGGCCUCAGUGUUCUGUACUUCCUGUUUCUUGUCUUCCUCCUCUUCCUCAACUGGGACCAAGUAAAGAUUUUGAUGUACUGGUUGGACCCAAAUCUGCGCUAUGCCAAGAGAGAGGUGGAUGUCAUGGAAUAUGCUGUGAACUGUACAGUGAUAACAUGGGAGCGGGUCCUGAGCCAUUUCGACAUCUUCGCAUUCGGUCACUUUGCUGGCUGGACAAUAAAGGCCAUGCUCAUCCGCAGUUACAGCUUCUGUUGGACCAUCAGCAUCACCUGGGAGCUCACUGAGCUGUUCUUCAUGCACCUGCUGCCAAACUUUGCAGAGUGCUGGUGGGAUCAGGUGAUACUGGACAUACUGUUGUGCAAUGGAGGAGGCAUUUGGCUGGGAAUGACCGCCUGCAAGUUUUUGGAGAUGAGGACCUACCGCUGGGCCAGCAUAAAGGAUAUCCACACCACCACAGGGAAGAUAAAGCGAGCCGUGCUCCAGUUCACCCCAGCCAGCUGGACUUAUGUGCGCUGGUUAGACCCAAAGUCCUCCUUCCAGAGGCUGGCAGGCAUCUAUCUCUUUAUGAUCUUAUCGCAGCUGACAGAGUUAAACAUAUUCUUUCUCAAGCACAUCCUCGUCUUCCAGGCGUCUCACCCUCUCAGCUGGUUUCGUAUCCUCCUUGUUGGAGUCAUCACUGCUCCCACUAUACGACAAUACUAUGCAUACCUGACAGACACCCAAUGUAAACGAAUUGGCACACAAUGCUGGGUGUUUGGGGCCAUCAUUUUCCUUGAGGCUCUUGUUUGUGUGAAAUUCAGUCCAGACUUGUUUUCCAAGACACAAAUUCUUUAUGUACUCCUGUGGCUGCUUUGUUUGGCACUCAUCACACUUAUAUGUUUAUAUGGGAUGAUGUGGUAUGAGCAAAGUAAACUGAAGAGCGUUUCUGUACAGAGUGAGGAAUGCGAUGACAGCAGUGUUGGCGACUCAUGUGGUUUUGUCCCAGAUGGCCUUGCAGCUCAGAGGGAUACAUUAAGAAGUUUACAACCAACAGAACGGAGGAGAGCUUGUGGGAAGAACAGAUUUGUGAAUGGACAUGAAGGGAAGAAAUAAUAAAACAAGAGCGACACUGAAUCAAACCCUCUUUGAGAGGGUGAAGGAUACACCCAACAAGUUGUAUCAAGGGUUUAAUAAAUUCUAGAGGGCAGACUUCAAAAGUCACAUCAAAAAGCCUUGAUGUUUUAUUUCUCAUCAACUCAUCAAGUUCUAAUACUCUGUGGGAGUCAAAGGCGAAACACACCAAUGAGCUGAACAUGUCCUAGACCUGCAGACUGUUGUGUUGAUUCUCUAGGACUCGGGCAGAUCUUUAAUACUGUAUCACAAGAACAAAAUGUGUCUGGUAUUUAUUUUUAGAUAUUUUUAAACAGACCUUACCUGGAAUGUAUUUUUAGAUACAAUAGAAUGCUAGCCUUAGCCUUGUAUGCCUUAAAUAACUAAAGAUUGUUUGGACACUUUGCACUUUGGGACACAUUAAGUAUGUUCAGUCAGGGGGGUGCCAGACCAAUCAACACCGCGACCCUGAGUUGACCCUGAGAUAUGCAACACUUUUUUAUAUAUAUA